UCUAUGGCAAGUAUAAAAGAAUUGUAGCAAAAUAUAUUUUUCUUUACAUCACAUAUUUGUUACGUUGGUCCUAUUAUAUAUCACAUGUAACAAUAACAAAAUGAAUAAUAACAUUAUAGUUAAAUAUAGUUGACAGUUUACACACUUAUGCAAUAUUAUAAAUUUAACACAUAAGUUUGAUGAAACAUACAUAUAGCGAACAAGAAUGGAAUGUGAUACAAGCAAAACAAUUAUCAACAUGGAUAUAAUUAAAGAAGUUGCAAUGGAUGUGGAACUUGAAAAAUCUACUGUCGAUGACAGUUUAGUUAUUAAUGACGAUAGUACUGUAGCACCAGUGAUAAUUGAAGAAUUGGAUGAAAGCGCUAUUAAUUCAAUGGAUAUGGAUAUCAAUGAAUUUGUUGAAGCUAAAGCAUUACAAAUAGAAGAAGUUAAAGAUGUUAUUCCAAAUUAUAUACCUUCUCCAUCGUGUAGUUCUAACAAGGAUAUUAUGGAUACAGAAGAUCAGGAUAUGUUACUAACUGCAGAUGAGGAAGAUCGAUUGACAAAACAAUUUUUAAAUGGAGAAUUAACAUUUAGUGAAUAUUCAUCGAGAAUGGAUCAGGAUAUAGAUGUGGAAAUAAUAGAAAAUGAUAACUCUAGAAAAAAUAUUGAAAUGGAUCGUGUUGUACAAAAGACUACAGAACAAAAAACAAGCAAAGUAAAUGUGCAACAAGUGCGUCAGAGAAAGAAAAGACGUAUUUUGCCACCAGUUUUACAAGGACUUAUGGGUGAAGCAAAUUUAAGAUUUGCCAAAGGAGAAAUAGACUUAGCAACCAAAAUAUGUAUGGAAAUUAUUAGACAAGUACCAAGCGCCCCAGAACCGUUUCAGACAUUAGCUAUGAUAUACGAAAAUGAUCAACCAGAAAAGUCAUUACAAUUUUCUCUAAUCGCUGCACAUCUCAGUCCUAAAGAUGCUGACCAGUGGAUAAGAUUAGCUAACAUGUCACUAGAUAGUAAUGAUAUAAAACAAGCAAUAACAUGUUACUCUAAAGCGAUUCAAGCGAGUCCAAAAGACAUAAAUUUAUAUGAGAUACGAGCACAACUCCAAGAACAAAAUGGAGAUAAAAAGGCAUAUUUGCGAGGAUAUACAAGAUUGAUUCAUCAAUUGGAAUCUGACGACGGUGAAUAUAUAUUGAAAUAUGCAAAAAUAUUAGCCAAACAUCAUAUGCAAGAAAAUAAUAAUGAACAAGCAUUAGAAGCAAUGGAGACCAUUUUUGUUAAAUGUCCUAAUCUCAUUACAUUAGAAGAAGUUAAUAUCAUGACUGAAUUGUUAAUAGCACUGAAACAAUUCAAUAAAUGUUUAAAUAUAUUAGUCAAAUAUACAGAUAUUAAGAUACGAUAUAAGGAAAAUAAAAAAACAGAACAAGAAAAAAUAAUUAACAGUGCAAAGCCUGAAGAGGAAGAAAAAUUGAAUAAUUUGAAAAGAAAAGCUACAUCUCCAGUAAAAAGCCAAAAUAUUGAUGAAAUAGAAUCUUGUGAGGUACCAGAUGAUGUAGUUGUUGACUUAAAAGCAAAAUUUCUUAUAACUCUUAUUGAAUUGGAUUAUAUUCAGUUAGCUGACGAACUUUUACGUAACUUUUACACUCAUGAAAACCCAGAAAUUUCUGGAGAUCUCUUUCUAGAUUUGGCAGAAGCAUUAAUGGACAAAAAAGAAUUUCAGCGUGCAUUAAUUUUAUUGGAUCCAUUAGUUGAAAGUUCAAAUUUUAGUUUGGCUGCAGUUUGGCUAAGACAUGCAGAAUGUUGGGCUGGUUGCAAUGACAUGGAUAAAGCCAUAAAAUCUUACGAAAUUGUCCGAAAAUUAUCACCGCAGCAUUUAGGCGCAAGAGUAGCUCUAGCUAAACUUUACAAAGAAGCAGAACAUUAUGAUAAAGCAAUAGAAGUUCUCUAUCAAGAUCCUGAAUCUGAUACAUUAGAUCCGGAUGUUAUCUAUCAAAGAAUAUUACUACUUUAUAAAGUUAGAAGAUACGAAGAAUAUUUUACAUCGGGAAUGUUACUUCUUUCAAGGCAUUGUAUUAAUAUAAGGAGAAGGAUUGAAUUAAAUGCAGUGGCACGCCCAACGGGUGUUCGGCAACGCCUUGAGAGUUUAAAACUUCGUCGCUUAGCAUCUGGGGAAACAUUAGAAGAUGAAAACGCGCCAAUAUUUGCUGAUAAUACAAAACUGAGUGAAAAAAAUGAAUUUCUACUUUUUCUACAAAUGUGCAAGCUAGCAUAUAAAUUAAAAAAGUUUGGUUUUCUUCAAAGAAUAUGUUUUACUGCUUUGACAACAAAGCGAUUUAAAAAGAGGAACUCCCAUCUAAUCUUCUUAUGUUUAAUUUCCUGUAUACAUAAUGAAGAUUCGUUUUAUGGAUAUAAUAUCGUGCGAGACAUCGUACGUGUCUGUCAAAGAUCCAACUCGUGGAAUUUAUUAAAUAUAAUUAUUCAGAGAGCCCAAGAUUUGAGGCAUAACAGAUUCAUAAUGCGAUUACUUGGAAGAGAAGAUGUAUUUUCAUAUUUGCAUAUCAUGCAUGCAAAUAACUGUCUUGUCUCAGGAACAUACAAAUAUGCAUUAAAUGGUUAUAUUUCUCUAUUUAAGGUAGCACCUAGUGCAUUGUUAGCAUUGUUAAUAGGUGUUACACAAUUACAAAUGGCAUGUCAAAAAAUGUCAGCUAAGAAAAGUCAACUUGUAAUUCAAGCAUUAGCCUUUUUCAAAAAGUAUAUGCAACUACGUGGUAAAGAUGGUAAACAGGAAACCUAUUACAACAUGGCGCGGGCAUUUCAUCAAAUUGGUUUAUUUCCAUCUGCGAUUCACUUCUAUAAAUUGGUCCUGGAAGAAGAUCCGGGAGAUUUAGUUAAACAGCACGCAAAUCUUUUGGACUUAAAAAAAGAAGCAGCUUUCAAUUUACAUCUUAUCUAUCUGCAAUCCGAAAAUCAUCUUCUUGCUAGAAUGUAUCUUGAAAAUUAUAUCACGAUUUAAA